AUCCAAAUCGUUCCUGCAGAAUAUAGAAUUCAAGAGCAACAUGGGCUCCGCUACUGUUUUAGGAUUUGCGUUACUGGUAUCACUGUGCAACGCUGGGGUGGUGAAGCGUUCCGGAACUUGCUCCCCGCUAGAUCUUCAAGGGUGUACGCAACAUCUCAUUGAUUUUGCCCAAAGUAAAGGACUAUCCUUGGAAGCGAUGUCUGGCAAGUAUACGCCCUCAGCUCAAGACCUGAAAGAAAUCUGCAACAUUUACCCGAGGGUUAUUGAAUGCAUCGAAGAGGUAGCGAGCAGAGAUUCGUGCGAUCCGCAAGUUGCUAGGCUUUUCAGAGGGACGGCAGAGAGCUUGCAAUCCAGUGUUAAUGCAUCAUGUGGGCUGCUAGAGAGAAACUUGACCCUCCCAAAUCAGGAAUGUAUGCAAAGAUAUACAAUGGCUGCCGAACGAAGGUGUAAACCAAAGACUGAAUUUUUAGGAAUGAUGAUAGGGAAGGCAAUGGCGGGUACUGCGACAGAGUCUGCCGUUUGUUCGUAA